AUGGUAUUGUUGCCCAAUAAACCUGCUCCAGAAUUCAAAGGAAAUGCUGUGGUUAAUGGUGAAUUCAAAGAGAUCAGUUUGAAGGAUUAUCGAGGAAAAUAUGUUGUAUUAUUCUUCUAUCCAGCUGAUUUCACAUUCGUGUGUCCCACUGAAAUCAUCGCGUUCAGUGACCAGGUGGAGGAGUUCAACAGUCGAAAUUGUCAAGUGAUCGCCUGUUCUACAGAUUCUCAAUACAGCCAUCUUGCAUGGAACAAUUUGGAUCGUAAAUCGGGUGGAUUGGGUCAGAUGAAAAUUCCUCUGUUGGCCGACCGCACACAGGAGAUCUCCAGAGCAUAUGGUGUAUUAGAUGAGGAGGAUGGUAAUGCAUUCAGAGGUUUAUUCAUCAUUGAUCCGAAGGGAAUUCUACGUCAAAUCACGAUCAAUGACAAGCCAGUUGGACGAUCUGUAGAUGAAACAUUACGACUACUGGACGCGUUCCAAUUUGUGGAGAAGCAUGGUGAAGUGUGUCCAGUGAACUGGAAACGUGGUGAUCAUGGGAUCAAAGUUAAUAAAAAAUAG